CUCUGCAAGACCUCAUAAUGUGGCUGCACGUCCUGGUGUGUGCAUGUGUGUCUUUUAAACAACUUUACGAGCUUUAUAUUAACUCUGAGCUCGUGCUGACUGACACAUCGAUGUGCGCGACACUUGAAUUGUUAUGAAUGUGUUGUUACUAUCGCGCAAUCUGACUUUGCGUAAUUUUGCUAAUUUUUGUGGCAGCGUAGAAGGAGCUGGGUAUUUAAUUUUUAAUUACGCGAUCGCCUUCUCUGCUUCUCGGAGCUUCUUUGGUCGAUAAAUAUGUUGCAAAUGCGAAUCAGUGAAGUUUUUCAACACGGCGCACUUCGUCCAGCGGCCCCUCGCUGUUGACGUCUGGUGUUCUUUGCAAGUUUUCGGCGAUCCGGACAGUAAAGAUGCAAAGCAGUAUUUCACACUCGCCGCCAACCAUAGCUGUUGGGACUGGGUGAGGAGGAGAGAACACGAAAGGGAGAGGAGCGACUGAAGCAGAGAGAGAGAGAGAAGGAAAGUGCAGAGACAAAAGAAGGAUUUCAACAGAUUUUGGCUUACCUCGAUGUUAUUGCUGGAUCCUCGGCCCUUCCUGUGACCUGUCAGCCAACUUCCUGCGUUGAGCCUGCAAGGCAGGGGACCCACAAGUGAAUUUUCAUGGCAGCGGCACUCUAGGGCUGCCAUGGCAGCUGCUGCCGCUGAUGCCUCACACCGUAUUACCGCACUGACGCCGGAGGAAGAGGGACGACGGACUGCCGCCAAGCUGUUUGGGAGCGCCGCCCCGCUGCCACGGAUAGAGAGAGAGAGAGAGCGAGAGAGGGGGAAAGAGAGAGAGAGGGACAGGGGAGAAGAAGGAGAGGAGGUAGAGAGAGUGAGCGGGAACGAGUGUUUGGUGUGCGGGGCUCUGUUUGCCUCACAGGAGAAGCUACGUGUCCACGCCUUGAAUCACACAGGAGAGAAACCCUUCCACUGCUCACAGCCACACUGUCCCAAGGCCUUCAGCUCCAAAUACAAACUCUUCAGGCAUAUGGCCACACACUCUCCACAGAAGACCCAUCAGUGCUCAUUCUGUGAGAAAAUGUUCCACCGCAAAGACCACCUGAAAAACCACCUGCAGACCCAUGACCCCAACAAGGAGGCCUUCAAGUGUGAGGAGUGUGGGAAGCACUACAACACCAAGCUGGGAUACAAGCGCCAUGUGGCCAUGCACUCUGCCACAGCAGGGGAUCUCACCUGUAAAGUGUGCAUGCAGAGCUACGAGAGUACACCUGUUCUUCUGGAGCAUCUCAAAAGCCACUCUGGGAAGUCUUCCGGUGGCGCCAAGGAGAAGAAACACCCGUGUGACCACUGUGACCGUCGUUUCUACACACGGAAGGAUGUGAGACGGCACAUGGUGGUCCACACGGGCCGAAAGGACUUCCUGUGCCAGUACUGUGCCCAGCGCUUCGGCAGGAAGGACCACCUGACACGCCACGUGAAGAAGAGCCACUCGCAGGAGCUGCUGAAGAUCAAGACGGAGCCUCCGGAUAUGUUAGGCCUUUUAGCUUCUGGGUCACCACCUUGCUCUGUGAAGGAAGAGCUCAGCCCCAUGAUGUGCGGCAUGGGUCCCAACAAAGACCCCAUGAUGGGCAAACCGUUCCCCAGUGGGGCCCCUUUUCCAAUGGGCAUGUACAACCCCCACCAUCUUCAGGCAAUGUCUAAUACUGGGGUGGGUCACCCACACCCAUCCCUAAUGCCCAGUUCCUUAUCUGCAGCCAUGGGCAUGGGCUGUCACAUGGAAUCCCCUGGAUCUCUUCACCCACACUCCCAUCACCACCACCAUCAUCACCACCAUCACCACCACCAUCAUUCCCCUCCAUUGCCCCCCCCCCACCAGCCUCCGGCUCCCCAGCAGCAGCACCAGCCCCAGCCAGCGCCCAAAUACCAGCUGGGAUCUACCUCAUACCUGCUGGACAAGCCCUUGAAAGUGGAGAUGGAAAGCUUCCUCAUGGAUCUGCAGAGUGGCUUGCCAGGCCCGGUUCCCUCUGCAGAGCCCCACGCUGCUGCCUCGCCCCCCAAGGACGGACUGGAGCCCACCUCGGGCCUGACAGAUGAGCUUUGCGGGGAUCACCUCCUGUCCAAGAGCCCUGCGGUGAUCGCUGAGUCUCUGUGUGCUGCUAACAUGGACUUCUCCCACCUGCUGGGGUUCCUGCCCCUCAACCUGCCCCCCUACAGCGCCCCCAUGAGCACGGGAGGGCUGGUGAUGGGCUACACCUCAUCUGCAACCUCCUCCUCUUCCUCCUCCUCCUCUGCCUCAUCUCUGCACGCUGCCGAGCCCCACGCUGCAGCAGUUGCCGCGGCAGCAGCUGCCGUCGCCACGGCACCUCUUACCUCUUUGCAACCGCAACCUCAGGAGCAGCAGAGCUCCAGUGGGGGUCUGGGCCUCGGACCUCUGCACCCCCUCCCCCCAGUGUUCAGCUCCAGCCUUAGUACCACCACACUGCCUCGCUUCCACCAGGCCUUCCAGUAAAAGAGCUGGCCCUAGGCCCAGCCCUGCCCAGCCAAGAUGGCCUCCACGCCAGCCUCAGCUCAGCUCAGCUCAGCUCAGCUCAGCGUGGUUCUUUACAGAGCCUGAUCAAAAAGUUGGGAGAAUUAGAAUAAAUAAACACACAAAUGAACACUUAGAAGCCUUAAAUGAAAGCACACAAAAGCUUUUGAUUGAGCCUUAAAAGGAAGUUAAACCCCUUUGAGAAAAAAGGAAAGGGUCAGAAAAGAAGUUGAAGAAGCUUUUAUUUGGGCUCCCCCCCCCCCUUAUCCUAUAGUUAUAAAGAUGUAUUAACCCUUCUUUUUAAAUUUCCAUUUACUUCCCCUUUUAUCCCUCUUCCAUCCCCUAUUUAGUAGUAUUGAGGGCAGGAUCAGUAGGCCAAAAGGCGUGGUACUGCAUACUUUCUAAUGUUUAAUUUAAAAAAAAAAGAAAAAAAAAAAAGAUAAUUUUUAGUGAAGAUUAUCAGUCUUGUUGUGACCCAGAAAAAAAAUAGUUUGAAGUGGAUAUUUUGUUUUCCUUUUUUUUUUUUUCCAAAUGUAAGAACAUGGUAGAAUGUGUCUCAUCUUGAGUUUUGAACCACCCACUCUAAUAAUCCAAACUGUCAUGAUUAGUAUGGAGACGAGAGAGAUCAGUGAAGGAAUGAAGAGAGACAGAUGUUGAGCCGACAAUUGAACCUUAAAUCUAAAAUCGUCCUGUAAACAGCUUGGCUGGAGCCACAAAAACAACCCCUGCCUCUAAAAAAGUGCUCUUCAAAUAAGAAAAAAAUUAGAUGGAUGUCCCAGUUAUUUUCUUACAACUGUAACUGAUGUGCUCAUAGAGUCAGGUCAGUUUAAAUGAAAAUAGUUCACUAAAUAAAAAACAGAGACCUGUAUGAGUUGUCUGUUUGCUGCCAAACAUAAAGACCAGUCACACACAUGGCCACACAUUUUUAAAGAAAAGAAAAAAGAAAGAAAUGUGAAGGUGUGUGAGCUGGUUGACAAUGGUGUAUUAUCAUGUUGGCUUUUUUACUUUUCCUCAAGAGAAGCACUUUUUUUUAGCAGAAGGCACUUCACCUUUAGGAAUCUACUUGGGAAACCUUCCUAGACUCCUUCCUUGUGACUUCUAGAGGUUUUCACCGCCUGAGACAGAGACUUUCUCCUCACUUGUAGUUCCUCACAAAACCCAAAAUCCUCCUGGUUUCCUCUGUGAGGACUCUCCUUCCUUCACCUGUCUUCCUUCCAUCAGUUACCUUUAAAAGUUCCCAUGAUAAUGAUAUACUGCAGCUGUUUCUCUGCUGCCUGACAUAUCUAAAAUCUAGGCUAUAUUUUUGGAAAAUAAUACAGACACAUCUUUACUCAGUCUUUUAAAAAGAUGCAUCAUCAUGGUAAUGAUGAACCCUGACAUAUGUGAAUGGCAAAAAACAAGAAUUACAGUGACAGAUGAGGAAAAAUGUGUUUAAGAAUGUUAUUGCAGUGUACGAAAUAUCUCAAAAAUGAAUAUUAUAAUUGCUUUUAUCUCAGUAAGGUGUAUUUUAGGUAGACGUAUUAAAACUAAGUGAUGAUGUUUUUGAUGUCUGGCAGGUUUACAUUUGUGUGUAUCUUGCAUUUUUGAUCAAACAAACGGAUGAAGUAUUAGCUUUUUCCCUUAAGCUUUCUCUGUCAUAUCCAAUCUUUACCUUUACAUGUACUUGAGUUAGUAUAGUGGAAUCAGAACUGUGGAUGGGAAAUAUCUAUAGAAGGCUGUUAGUGGCUUAAUAAUCAAGUAGGAUUUGAACUAGAUAGAUUGUGUUAUAGGGAUGCUGACAUGGAUGGCCUAUGAAUUUAUGACUGUAGGUCUUUAUCCAGUGGAAUAUAUAACCCCUGCACUGUGAUGAAAUCCAAGCUGAUUUCACUCAGAGCUCAGUGGUUUUGGACGUCUUGGAGUUUAGAGCAUUUCUAACCAUUUGCCACCAGCCUAUAAAAACCUGAGCCCAAAGUUAACCUAAGCCUCAAAGUGAAAUAGGUGCUCCUUAUCUAAUGUUCUCUCUGGGGCAUGACCAUCGCAAGCGGCAUACCCAUAACUUCACACAGGACUGAGCUCCUGCAUCAUCAGUGAUUCAGUUCAUUUUGUGUGUAAAUGUUGUCCAGUCCUAGAAGAAGACCCGUUCACUUUGCCUUCAGCAGUCAUCAUGCCACAGGCAUGCCCCACCCACCAUAAAAUGUUGAGUAAAAACAAAGAAAAGAAAAAACAGGAAAAACAUAGUACAUUAAAAAAGAAAAAUAAAAUACAUAUUGCUGCUUUUAGCUACGGUUGCUGAUGGACGACAACUGUAGACCACUAGAACAUUUCAAAUUUUUUGCAAGAUGGACAGCGAGCUGAAAACAUGCACAAACAUCACCGACAAAGUGUUCAUCAGCCCCAGCCCCCUCCCCCCAUACUCCUCCUCCUCUUUGCUCAGCUGCUUUGUAGAGUCAAAGGAAAAGGGUCUGAAAACACAGCGAUAUCUGAAAGAACACAGUCACUGAAUUCCCAGGCUUUGACAUUCAAAGCACAGGGGGACACAUGACUGACUGCAUGACUUGGGGUAUCGCUUAUAGUCAUAUAUUUGUUUUGUUUGUUGUCAUAUGAUAUAUUAUUUUCUGUUUGUAUAAAACAGGACCUCGAAAAACAACACAACACAUCACCUCAUUUUUAUUUGUUUUAUUUUUCUUACCAAAACCUGGGGAGAAGAAACUACAUUUUUGCACAACUGCUUGUUACAAAAUGCUACAAGUGUAAUCUGAUUUUUAUACUGUAGGAUAUGAAACCCCAACGAUGAGCAGCUGUGUGUUAGACAGCUGAAUAUUCCCCUUGGAAGGUAGGAGCAGCUAAUGUUGAAAAAGCUUCCCCACGGUCUGACUGUUUAAUCACAACUUCAUAGCUAAAAUCGUAGAUUUUAUAUUCCAAGUUCUGAACUAAUUUGAAAUUAUUCUGAAUAAUUAACACUUUUUAGUCUCCCCCCUGGAGGGUCAUUUUUGUGAUGAUGACUCUUGUAAAAUGAUCAAACUUUUUAUUGAUCCUAAAUAAAUUAGCUGUUGGCACCUUUCUGAUAAUUUACAUGAUAUAUUAAAAAAAGGGCAAGAUUCAAAUUUGAUCAUUAUUUUGAGUUUUUUUAAAAAAGUAGUUUGAAAGAAAAAAAAUCCUCUUGGCUUAAGCCAGAUUUGUAGCAAUCAAAUUGAGCAUUUAUAUUUUUGUAACAAAUUUUCAUUUAGUCCUAAAAAGAGUUAAGGAAAAGCUUUUGGCAUGUAUUAAGUUUGUCCUCCCUGGGUUUCUGUGAGCUAAUCUGAAUUCUAGCACUUUCAACCUUUAAAAAAGAGUAUUUUUUUUCUUUUAAAAUUUCAGCUUAUAUGUUCAUAUGUUUUUAAUUUUGUAUUGAUCCUGUACAUGUAUGUGCCAUUAGUUUGAUGUGUAGACUUUAUCAACCUUUGUGUAUUUCUCUUCUCCAAAAGAAUAACAGUAUUUUUGAUAGACCUUUCACUAAUAUCCUUCUACAUACAAACCCUCUGCCCCUUUUCCUUUGAAACUUUUUUGGUUUUGUUUUUUGGUAACCAGCUUUGCCUUCUUUCUCAUAAAUUUAACUAAUCAAACUCCACAGCCAAGUGCUUGAAGAGAACAGCAACAGCUUAGUAUCUGUUAUUCUGAGGGGGUGAGAAACAAGUGUUGUCAGGAGAAUGUUAAAGCCACAACCUGACCACAACCUACUAUUGAAAUGCUGUUGCAACAGAGGACCAUCUGCAGGCCAUUUUUAGACCAUGUAACUGAAGAAAAAUUCAGUCAGGAUUGACCCCAAAAUGUAGCACUUAAAGUAUACAGCCAUUGUCGCUGAACUGGUUGUCUCUGCUAAAAGGAGUGACUUCCUGCUAUAAUGACUCGUGAGAAUGAUGCCACCAUGUUGCAAGAGUUGCAGUUUCAGUUUUUCGUUAGGAAGUGGGUAAACGUGGCUUUAAAUUAAAGUUAGUAACAUGAACUCAACAUAUAGUUGAAAAAGACUUAAAUUAAGACAGAAGUGAAACGUACUUGCCAUACUUGUAGCUGUGAACCACAGACAACGACAGAUCUCAUGCCUGUUGUCCCACCUAAGCUCAUAUUAGUUUUCUCAGAGUUGUUUCCAGAGUGACAGGAUAGGUCAGUCAUUCUUCAUAGUGGGAUCAUUCUAGAAAAAUGUUUCUCGACUCAUACCCUGAUCUGUAUGGAAGCCCAUUUCUGAAAAAAGAAACAACUUACAACUUUCAGCUUACUUAAUCAAAAAUGAUGAAGAUGCUGAGAUAUUAAGUCAAAGUAUAGACUUUCAUUUCCUGACAUAAAAUUACAAUAGUGAAUCAAGAUUAUUGACUUGGCCCAUAACAUUAAACAUAAACUGAUUAUGACAAAAUUAUCUGAUAGCAAGUCAAAAUUUUACUUAAAUUUUUUGAAUUAGUGUCAUAGACUGGUAAGUGAAAACUAUCAUGAGUCCUAUACCAAUAAUUUUGAUGUAAUAGAUAUACAUUUUGAUUUAGUAAGUCAAAAUGUGUAUUUACUACUACUACUGUUUACUAAGAAAUUAUUGCAUGAUUCAGUGAGUCAAAAUUAUAUUUACUAUGUUUACUUAACAUUUUAAUUUAUAAAGUUAAGUUCAUGAAAUCAAAAUUGACUAAGUAAAAAUUUUAUUCUUUUUAUUUAUAUCAGGAUUUUUUUUUUUCUUAGUAUCAUAAUUCUGACUUAAUACAGUAUCUUAGUAUUUUUGUGCAAGUUGUCAUUUUAAAUUCUUUUUCUGGCAGAAAUGUGCCUCCAUAGACUGAGCUUUACAAAAAGCUGAUAACUAAAUCACCUCAACUCUGAAACACUUUAUAUAAAACAGAUUACCCCCUGACCUCUGACAGUGAUGUUGUUCUGUUUCUUGGCUUGGCUGUAGAUCCAUUACCUCGACCUGCACCUACUAGGGAUGCACUUAUCCUCACCUUUUCCUCUUUACUAGUAGGUGCAGAACACAAAUAUUUUAAGGGAAUUUUUUCAUCAGUUUAAGCCUGAAAAAACUGAUUUGAUUUUAAUAAUGCUCUCUCUUUCUCUCCCUCUCUUACUCUCUCUCUCACACACUCUCUCUCUCUUAUUUUGCUUUUAGAAAGAAACUGGGUACUGUCUGAUGCAGGCAACAUCCACACGUAGUUUUAUAUAUUUCUAGCUUAAUGUAAGUCUUGCAUUCCAACCUCUUUGUGUAUCGCGUUUAGUGACAUAGCCUUUUAUUUUUUAUCACUUGCUAUUACAGCCACCUCUGGAAUAAAAAAGGUGAAAAAAAGGUGAACAAAAAUAGAAUAUUUGCAUUCACUUACACUAUUUUAUAUAGCAUGGAGUUUAUCAACUACAGGGAGAAUUAUAUAAAUGAUGUGCUUCGGAGAAAGAAAGAAAGUGAGAAGUUUUGCUUUUUUUGUUACAUAUCUCACAUGCAAUCAGUUGCUGCAAUGUAAAAGUGACAGAUUUGUAUAUUGGUUGAUCCAAAGAGAUGAUGAACACAACAACAGAACUAUUGACUUAUUGUACAGUACAGUGUAUCUUUGAGUUGUCAUGUGUUAUGUUGAAAUGAUUAAAAGACAAACCAGCGGUUUCAUA